ACUGUAACACAAAACAGAGAGAGAGAGACAGAUAGCAAAUCAAAGUUUCGAUAUUUUCAAUCUAAUCGUCGUCUCCACUUUGAACCCAUUUCGGAAAACGCAGUUUUAGUCGUAAUUUAUCCAAAAGGUUUCAUUUUGUUUUCUGGGUCUCUGUUUUCUCGGAAUCUGAACAACCAUGAAGAGGCUAAGAGGUUUCAAGAUCGGUCACAGAUUCGUCAAGAUCUUCAAAUGGAUACUCCGAAGUAGAAGAAUCCAAACCGGGAAACGACAAUGCCUGACCGGGAUUCUCAACCCGGUUCCAAAAAUCUGCUCUUUAGCACGGUGUCUCCGUCGUGGAGCCAAUAGACUGUGCGGAGGAAAGAAAACGGGUCAGACCCGGCUAGGUAACGACCCGAAACCGCCGGCUGUUCCUAAGGGACAUUUGGUGGUUCACGUCGGAGAAUCCGGCGACGAUACGCGGCGCGUGGUGGUUCCGGUGAUUUACUUUAACCAUCCUCUGUUCGGAGAGUUGCUGGAGCAGGCGGAGCGGGUUUACGGGUUUGAUCAACCGGGUCGGAUUACGAUACCUUGUCGUGUUUCGGAUUUUGAGAAGGUUCAGAUGAGGAUCGCCGCAUGGGAUCAUUGCCGACGGAAGCGGACUUUCAAGAUUCUCUAAUUUUGUUGCUUGCAAUAAAAAGGAGAAAAAUUUAUAUAUUUUUUUUCCAUUAUACCUGAGAAAAAGAGAGUCAAAUGUCAAGUAGAAGAAAGAUGUAGACUUUCCUCCACUUUGUGUAAAUACGGUUUAAACUUUAUAGGUUAUAUACAGAUUACAAAUACAUGU